GUAGAUCUAGUUUGAUCAGAUUGUAGCAUGUCGAAGUCACUUCCUUAUUCAAUGAAACAUGUUCACUAGGACAACGCCAAGUUCCGUCACCCAUCUCUUUUCGAGAUUGGGAUCCUGAGGUGACAGCUACUGUGAGUACUUAAUUAGAGUGUGGCUUCAGCCUAGAACUAGUAAAGAUGGUAAUUUUGCAUAUCUAUAUGAUAUGUAUCAGGAAGCAAUGAAGGGUGUCAGAUAUGUGCUUGUUCAGAAUUCGAUCCUAAAUGGAUUGGUUUUGUGGGGAACUGCCCUUUGGGCUGAAGGGUGUAUUUAGUCCAAAAAUGGAUCACCUGGUUCUUGCCUGGCACUCUUGCACUUGGUGCCACCAAAGGCAUCACAAAGGAGAAAGCUAUGAAUGACAAUCUUCUUAGCUUUGAAGAUCUGUAAAACUUUAAACUUGCAGAAGAUUUGGCCAAGACAUGCUUUGAGAUGUAUUCAGUAACUUCCACUGGUUUUGCUCCAGAAAUUGCAUACUUUCAUGCUAAGGUUAGAUGGUUUUUUUUUUUUUUUAAUUUAACUUGUUUUCUGAAAGCAAUAUAUGAUCAGGAAAAUG